AUGUUCUCCAUGAAAGGCAACAACAGCUUCAAAACAUCUGCUCCAAAUUUGGCUGCACCUGUCCGGUUUUGCAUCAUGCGAUCCAAGGAAAUGUGGGAGACACUUGUGUCUGGAAACUCGGUAAUGAUGGAGUUUGAAAGUGGAGAAGACCGCCUGGAGGAAGAAAUGCUUGCUCAAGAACAAAAUGAUUUUGAACUUGUAAUCAUCAUUUAG